AUAGCUUAUCAAGCAAUGCCUGUUAUCUUCAAAGAUGAUCUAUCCCAUACUCAAGUAGGAGGGGAUGUUAAUAUAUUUUUUCUGAUACAAUCGCCAUCCCCUCACACAUACAAGAAAAGCCCAAACAUGUUGAGCCAACUAAACUAUGAGAAAGGUCAAAUUUCCGGAGCAAUUUUGGCCAUUCCAAUCCUGAUUAUUUCAGUACUGUUAUUGAUCUUCUUGAUCAAGAAACCAGGAACCAAAAUCGCUCCUCUACCACCAGGUCCUCGAGGAUUCCCAAUAAUCGGGUACCUCCCUUUUCUUGGUACCCAUCUCCACCACACAUUCACAAAAUUGGCACAAAUUUACGGCCCCAUCUACAAGCUCAAGCUCGGGAACAAACUAUACGUUGUGAUUAGCUCUCCAUCACUUGCAAAAGAAGUGGUUCGUGACAAAGACUCAAUCUUUGCGAACCGAGACCCACCAAUCUCAGUAAAAGUUGUAGCCUUUGGUGGAAACGAUGUUGCCUGGUUACCGCACGGUCCAGAUUGGAUAAAGAUGCGCAAGGUGUUCGUGAGAGAGAUGUUGAGCAAUACAAGUCUUGACGCUUGUUACAGUUUGAGAAAACAAGAGGUGGAGAAGAGUAUAAAGAAAGUUCAUGACAAAGCAGGUGAGUGUCUGGAUUUUGGUGAAUUGGCUUUUGUGACUUUAAUUAAUACUAUGAUGAAGAUACUGUGGGGAGGAACAUUACAAGGAGAGGAGGGGACUAAACUCACAGAGGAGUUUCGGAAGGCUGUGGCGGAAUACAUGGUGAUAAUAUGUGAGCCAAAUGUUUCGGAUUCUUUUCCGGUUCUUGCGAGAUUUGAUUUGCAGGGUGUAGAGAGGAGAGCCAGAAAAAUAGGGGUUUGCAUGGAAGAAAUUGUUAAUUCUAUAAUCAAGCAACAUAGGAGCUCCAAUAUUGCUGUGAAAGAAGAUGGAGCAGGAAAUAAGAAAGGGAGGGAUUUCUUGCAAAUUGUGCUAGAGCUUCAAGAACGUGACGAUCCUGCUACAUCAAUUACCAUGAACCAAGCUAAGGGCUUGCUCAUGGACGUUGUUAUUGGUGGAACAGACACAACAUCAACCAUGGUUGAGUGGGCAAUGGCAGAGAUAAUGAUGAAUCCAGAGAUAAUGAAAAAAGUCCAGCAGGAAUUGGAUCAAGUCGUCGGUGUGAACAACUCUGUUGAAGAGUUCCACUUGCCCAAACUACACUAUUUGGAUGCUGUAGUGAAGGAAACAAGUCGCUUGCACCCUGCACUACCAAUGCUAGUACCUCGUUGUCCAACCUCGUCUGCCACAAUUGGUGGAUUCACCAUUCCAAGGGGUACUCAAGUUUUCUUGAACAUUUGGGCUAUCCAAAGAGAUCCUGAACAUUGGGACAACCCCUUAGAAUUUAGGCCGGAGAGGUUUCUGAAUGGUGAAGAUUGCAAAUUAGAUUUCUCUGGUAAUAAUUUUAAGUAUCUUCCGUUCGGUUCUGGGAGGAGGGUUUGUGCUGGGAUUCCUUUAGCAGAGAAGACGCUGAUGUAUUUGCUGGCUUCAUUGUUGCAUUCUUUUGACUGGAAGUUACCGGCAGGCGAAGAGCUAGAAUUAUCGGACAAAUCUGGGCUUGUUGUCAAGAAGGCGAAGCCUUUGAUUGUUAUUCCAACGCCACGGCUUCCCAAUCCAGAGCAUUAAGUUUCCAAGACUUGUUGUCUCGAAAUAAGGUUGGCAUUUGAUGGUUACUUUUUCGCCCAGGGGACAACAUAUUAUAGUCUUAAAAUAAUAUCAUGGCUAUUAUGCAUGCUGCUACAAAUAGCUUCUGUCGAUUAUUAUCAUCUUGCUAGUUUCGUCUGGCUUUGUAUUCUUGGUAUAAAAGCAUAUGAUCUCCUGUUAUGUAAUUCUGCUCUUCUUUGUGGUGCUAUAAAUUCAGCUUUUCAGCAUAAAAAAA